GACAGCGAGGGCUGAGAGGUGGCAGGAGUCCCGCUUCAGAAGCCGCCCCCCGCACUCAAAAAACCCACCCCUGAGGAAGAGGCACCUCACGAACCGCAACCAUGAAUGGCACAGAAGGCCAAGACUUCUACAUACCCAUGUCCAACAAGACAGGGGUGGUGAGGAGCCCCUUCGAGUACCCCCAGUACUACCUGGCUGAGCCCUGGAAGUUCUCGGCACUGGCUGCCUACAUGUUCAUGCUGAUCCUGCUCGGGUUCCCCAUCAACUUCCUCACCCUGUACGUCACCAUCCAGCAUAAGAAGCUCCGGACACCUCUAAACUACAUCCUUCUGAACCUGGCAGUUGCCGACCUCUUCAUGGUCCUUGGAGGCUUCACAACCACCAUGUACACCUCGAUGAACGGGUACUUUGUCUUUGGAGUAACAGGGUGCUACAUCGAGGGCUUCUUUGCUACACUGGGUGGUGAAAUUGCUCUCUGGUCGCUGGUUGUCCUGGCUAUCGAAAGAUACGUAGUGGUCUGCAAGCCCAUGAGCAACUUCCGCUUCGGGGAGAACCACGCCAUCAUGGGGGUGGCCUUCUCCUGGGUCAUGGCCCUGGCCUGCGCGGCCCCCCCGCUCUUCGGCUGGUCCAGGUACAUCCCCGAGGGCAUGCAGUGCUCGUGUGGGAUCGACUACUACACGCUGAAGCCGGAGAUCAACAACGAGUCUUUCGUCAUCUACAUGUUCGUGGUUCACUUCAUGAUCCCGCUGACCGUCAUCUUCUUCUGCUACGGGAACCUGGUCUGCACUGUCAAGGAGGCUGCCGCCCAGCAGCAAGAGUCUGCCACCACCCAGAAGGCAGAGAAAGAAGUGACCCGCAUGGUCGUCAUCAUGGUCAUCUCCUUCCUGAUCUGCUGGGUGCCCUAUGCCAGUGUUGCUUUCUACAUCUUCACCAACCAGGGGUCAGACUUCGGGCCCAUCUUCAUGACCAUCCCGGCGUUCUUUGCCAAGAGCUCUGCCAUCUACAACCCUGUGAUUUACAUCGUCAUGAACAAACAGUUCCGUAACUGCAUGAUCACAACCCUUUGCUGCGGCAAGAACCCGCUAGGCGACGAGGACACGUCUGCUGGCAAGACAGAGACCUCCUCGGUCUCCACCAGCCAGGUCUCCCCCGCGUAGUCCCGCCGGGGCUCGGGGCGCGGCGCCCCGGGGCAGGAACCGAGCCCCGCGCGGCGGGCUCCUCUCUCCUGGCACUAGGAACCCUGGGAACAAGGCUGGAAAUGUGUAUACACGUUUUGUA